GGUGGUUUCCGCCGCAGGCUUGAGCGGACUGCGGGUUCUGGGGACUCCUACCGCGUUCCCUCACCGUUUUCUCCUCCGCGCCUGAGCAGGCUCGCAGGCUCCUAGUCCCUCCCGUUCCCGUCACCAUCUUCCCGCCGCGGCGCGACUCUCAGGGCCAAAAUGAGUCUAUUUGGGACAACCUCGGGUUUUGGAACUGGUGGGACCAGCAUGUUUGGCAGCACAACCACAGAUAAUCACAACCCUAUGAAGGAUAUUGAAGUAACAUCUUCUCCUGAUGAUAGCAUUGGUUGUCUAUCUUUUAGCCCACCAACCUUGACGGGGAACUUCCUUAUUGCAGGAUCGUGGGCUAAUGAUGUUCGCUGCUGGGAAGUUCAAGACAGUGGACAAACCAUUCCAAAAGCCCAGCAGAUGCACACCGGGCCUGUGUUAGAUGUCUGCUGGAGUGAUGAUGGGAGCAAAGUAUUUACGGCAUCAUGUGAUAAAACUGCCAAAAUGUGGGACCUCAACAGUAAUCAAGCAAUACAGAUUGCACAGCAUGAUGCACCUGUAAAAACCAUACAUUGGAUCAAAGCUCCAAACUACAGCUGCGUGAUGACCGGGAGCUGGGAUAAGACUUUAAAGUUUUGGGAUACCCGAUCAUCAAAUCCUAUGAUGGUUCUACAACUCCCUGAAAGGUGUUAUUGUGCUGAUGUGAUAUAUCCUAUGGCUGUGGUGGCAACUGCGGAGAGGGGCCUGAUUGUCUAUCAGCUAGAGAAUCAGCCUUCUGAAUUCAGGAGGAUAGACUCUCCACUGAAACAUCAGCAUCGAUGUGUGGCUAUUUUUAAAGACAAGCAGAACAAGCCGACUGGUUUUGCCCUGGGAAGUAUCGAGGGGAGAGUUGCUAUUCACUACAUCAAUCCCCCAAAUCCUGCUAAAGAUAACUUUACCUUUAAAUGCCAUCGAUCUAAUGGAACCAAUACUUCAGCUCCUCAAGACAUCUACGCGGUAAAUGGGAUUGCAUUUCAUCCUGUUCAUGGCACCCUUGCAACGGUGGGAUCUGAUGGUAGAUUCAGCUUCUGGGACAAAGAUGCCAGAACAAAACUAAAAACUUCAGAACAGUUAGAUCAGCCAAUAUCAGCCUGCUGCUUCAAUCACAAUGGAAACAUAUUUGCGUACGCUUCCAGCUACGACUGGUCGAAGGGACAUGAGUUUUAUAAUCCCCAAAAGAAAAAUUACAUUUUCCUGCGUAAUGCAGCCGAAGAGCUAAAACCCAGGAAUAAGAAGUAGUGUCCUGAGACUUCUGGGUUGCCUGGAGUUGUUUUCUCUUCACUCUGCCUCGUCACUGUACGAAUUUGGGUCCCAACUUUGGUGGGUUGUCAGCCAUGGACAUGGAUCUCAACCCCUGGAGGAAACGAUGCCAUGCUCAGUAGGUGAGAGCCCACCGGUGUGGUGGCCCACCAUGCCCAUUCCACUGCCUGCUGCAGAGUUCUUCUGUAACUCUUAAGGGGAUUUAAAUGAUUUUAGAAGUUAGAUUCUUGUGGGUGACUGCCAGGUAUUUCGCAGAGCUUCAUUCAAAAGUGUAUGUGUUAGAGAAUAUUGGAAAACAGUCUAUGAACCCUGUGCUGUAUUUUGUAAUAAAAUAUUUUGAAGUUUG